AUGUCGAACGGUGCGACUACCAAUGGAGCCUCCGCAGGCACUCAUACUGCUUCGCAGCGGUAUUUGAGCACACGUGGCGAUGAUUACGAUCUUUCCUUCGAAGACGUUGUCCUGAAGGGCCUUGCCAGCGAUGGUGGCCUGUACAUCCCAGAGGAAGUUCCUAUUGCGACCAAUUGGGAAAGCUGGAAAGACCUCUCGUUCCCCGAGCUUGCCUACAAUGUCAUGUCACUCUACAUAUCCGCUGCCGAGAUCCCAGUCGAAGACCUCAAGGGAAUCAUCAAUCGAAGCUACUCGACCUUCCGUGCCGCCGAUGUGACACCUCUUGUUCACCUAAAAGACAACCUCUACCUUCUCGAGCUCUUUCACGGUCCUACAUACGCGUUCAAGGAUGUCGCUCUGCAAAAUCUAGGCAACCUGUUUGAAUACUUCUUGGUCAGGAGGAACGAGGGCAAGACGGGAAGAGACAGGCACCACCUGACUGUUGUAGGUGCUACGAGCGGCGACACUGGCUCUGCAGCUAUCUACGGACUACGAGGAAAGAAGGAUGUCUCAGUGUUCAUUCUACACCCGAAGGGAAGAGUGAGCCCGAUACAAGAGGCUCAGAUGACGACUGUCUUGGACAAGAAUGUUCAUAAUCUGGCUGUCACAGGAACCUUUGAUGACUGUCAGGAUAUAGUCAAGGCUCUCUUUGCGGAUCCUGACAUCAAUUCGACCCUGAAGCUUGGCGCAGUGAACAGUAUCAACUGGGCUCGGAUCCUGGCACAGAUAGUGUACUACUUCCACUCAUACUUCUCGCUGGCGAAGGCGUCAUCAUCAUUCAAGAUUGGUGACAAGGUUCGCUUCGUUGUUCCUACAGGCAAUUUCGGAGACAUCCUUGCAGGGUACUUUGCGCAUCGAAUGGGACUGCCGGUCGAGAAACUCGUGGUUGCUACCAAUGAGAACGAUAUUCUAGACCGAUUUUGGAAGUCUGGCCGGUAUGAGAAGCAAAAGGCCAAGGGUGAGGAAGCCGAGGGUGGUCUUGUCGAGGAUGGAGUCGAAGCUAAAGAGGAUGGCGUCAAGGGAACACUUAGCCCGGCCAUGGACAUUUUGGUUUCAAGUAACUUCGAGCGACUACUUUGGUUCCUUGCCUACGAGUUUGCGUCUACUGCGGGGAUGAACGACGAGUGGAACAAGAAGCAAGCUGGUCAAGAAGUUAGCGCUUGGCUGAAAGACCUCAAGACCAAGGGCGGCUUCGGUGUGCAUGAGGAUGUGAUCAAGGCAGCUCGUAGGAGUUUCGAGAGUGAGCGCGUUAGCGAUCCCGAGACCGUCGAGACUAUCAAGACCAUCCACAAGACUGUCGACUAUAUCCUAGAUCCUCACUCGGCGGUCGGCGUUGCCGCUUCUCUGCGAUCGAUCGAGAGGGCUGGUACUGAGGUGCCGCACAUCUCACUUUCAACGGCGCAUCCUGCCAAAUUUGCCAACGCGGUGGAGAUGGCGCUUAAGGAUGAGCCCGGCUUCAACUUUGAGGAGAAAGUCCUCCCAUCUGACUUUGUUGGUCUAAGCGAAAAGGAGAGACGAGUGACCGAUGUGGAAAACAGCUGGCAAGCCGUAAGGGAGUUGGUGAAGAGGCAGGUCGAGGAGGAAUUGAAGGAGGCGGGCUACUAA